AUGAAAAAACAAACUACCCACAAUGUCGGCAUUAUUAGGCUGAGAAGCGGUGAUUCACGGAUGCGGUUGCCGGAUGUUAUCGAGACCAGCACAGAUUACGUCGUGAAGGUUGAAAUAGAUGUCUCGGUUUUGCAGAACCUCCAUCCCAGAGAUGUUUUGGAAGCACUGCGAAGCAGUCAAAUCGAUGACGAUGUAGCCACUAUUGUCAUUCGGGGGCAUAAAUACCAUUGCGAGUUCAUUACGCGCAAAGCUACCACGUUAUUACUGGGCGAGAAUCCCAGCAGUUGUACAAAUAUAACUGAUCGUUAUUUGGGCACUAUUUUUGUGUCCCCUGUGAAGACCAUCAUCUCAGCGGCAUUACACACACGUGACAACUGGAGAUCAGAGCACAGCUACAGGAAGUUCCACAAAUCAACUCCCUUUGGUAGUGAUCAAGAAACGAUUCCCAGAUAG